GGAGGAGGAGGACGAGGAGGGCGUCUGGAUUGUGUCUGAGUAUGAAGGGAAGGCGGGGUGCAAUCCCGGCAGCGGUUCAGGAGCAGCAGCAGUAGCAGCAGUGGCAGGCGGCGUUCCCUGUUGGCAGCGGGAGGUGGAGGCGAGCCGCUGGGAGCACGGCGCCGGCGCCACCACCAACAUCCUGCACACUGGGGACUGCAGGUGGCAGCCCUGGAUGCGUCACCAGCCGGGGCUGGCGGGUGUGCGUGUGGACACCCUGCUGCUGGACACCACCUACGCGGCGCCCCGGCACACGCUGCCGCCGCAGAGCGAGGCAAUCCGCAUGAUGGUGCAGGCGAUGCGCGACGCUCUGCUCGAGGAGCCGCGCACGGUGUUCCUGCUGGCUGCCUACCACAUCGGCAAGGAGAGGGCCUUCCUGGAGGCCGCGCAGGAGCUGGGGGCCAAGGUGUGGUGCAGCCCCGCCAAGCGCGCCGUGUUGCGGCUGCUGCAGCUGCCGACCGAGCUGGCGGCGGUGCUGGCGGAGGACCCGCGGGAGGCGUGCAUACACGUCACCGGCUGGGGGCUGCGGCCGGAGGAUGUGCAGGCCUACCUGGAGCGUUACCCGGGCGUCUGGAAGCGGGCCGUUGGCAUUCGACCCACGGGUUGGACUUUUCGCCGCAGCGGUGGCAUCUCGGUCCGGCGUCAGGGCGGUGUGACGGUCCUCGGAGUGCCGUACAGCGAGCACAGCAGCUGGACGGACCUGUGUGAUGCGGUGGCCCAGCUGCGGCCGCGGCGGCUGGUGCCCACCGUCAACGCCGCCACCUCCUCGCAGCGGCGGGCGCUGGUGGACCUCUUCGCGCCGCUCAUGGACCUCAGCGCCGACAGAUCCAGGCUGGACGUGUACCUAUCUCGCACUGCCGGCGGGCCCCGCGGCGGCGGCGGCCCCGGGGUGGCGGUUGCGACUCCGGAUCGUCCCGACCGGCGCCCGACCGGCUGCUCCCCGGGUGCUGCAGGGGUCCGGGUGGACCUCGCUCGUGUGGACCUGGCGGAGCAGGCGCGCAUCCUGGACCAGCUGCGGGAGCAGCGCCUGGGAUCAGGCGGGUGGAAGCAGCAGCGGCAGCAGGAGGGGCUGGUGGGACGGAGCUCAGCACUGGGCAAGCGUAAAUUACAAGAUCGCGAUGAUGAGGGCUGGCCGGUUGAAGGUGAGAUGGCGGACCAGCGGCAGCAGCAGGCGAGCGCAGGAGACUGUGGGCAAGGGGUAGGGGUGCCGCAUGCGCCGCAGGGGCUAGGCCAGCCCUCGCGACUGCCGCAAGGGGCCGGCGGAGGCGAGCAGUGCCAGGGGUGCGGUGCGGUGCGGCCCCCUGGUUCGCUAGCGGGGACGCAGCGAGGCGCCAGCUGCAGGCAGGCAGGUGCCAUGGGCGGAGGUUGUGGCGCAGGCGCCGACGGUGCAGCAGCACACGCGAGCGCGGCCGCUCCUCCCGGGCUUGCUUCCUCAGACUGGGAACGGAUUAGGAGGAGGAGCAGCAGGAGCUGUGGUGGCAGGAGCGUCUGUAUGAUUGAUUUGACCCUGGAUGAGGGCUGGGAUAGUGAAGGCAGCGUCCAAAGCACGGUAAAGGAGGCAGCAGGUUCCGAGUUGGUGAGCCUGUCUCCUGUUAGAGCAGCAGCACUUGUAAACCGGCGUGCUGAGGCGGGUGGUGAGGGAACUGCCGGCGCGGCUGUGGUGGCACGCAAGGCCCUGGGAGGCCAAAGGGCUCUUCAGGCGGUGGCCUCACAGAGCAGCAUUCGGCGCUUCUUCACCCCCGUCAGGAGGGUCGUGACGGUCCAGAUCUGAGGCUUGCAGUUGAGGGAGAUACUUGAUGGAGUGACGUGGUUUGUUAUGAGGGGGGCGAAGGAGGCGACACAUAGUGAAAAUGAGGGAUUGCGUACUUGUAGGGUUGAAAGGAAUGGGCAUUCGUUCGCGUGUGCCCUAUAGCGUAAACUGGUCUGGGUGCCGGGCAAGCCCUGAACGGUAUACUAGUUUUGGGACCGAUGGUGUUGGACGUUAAACGGCAGAACUGCCUGAAAAUACCGAAGUUAGUAGCCUAUGUGUAAUAUGCACGGCUUAGGUAAGGGUAUUUGUGAGGUGAUUUCACACUUUCGCAGCUUCAAUGUCUUCAUGACAUAACAUUAGCCACUUGGUGGGAAGUUCUCUACCCGACCGCCUGAUGCUACGGAAGAACGCUGUUGACCUGUCUUCGAGCCAAGAGAUUUGAAUUGUAAUGGUACUGAUGC